AUGAUUUUCGAGCCCGCUCAGCGUCUUUCGCUCCCCACAAAGGACUUAUUGUCCUACAUCUUCGACAAUCCAACGUACGAUCAAGAUAAACCGAUGUAUAUCGAUGCCCAGACGCCAAGUAGAUCAAUCUCUUGCAAUCAAGCUCGCCCAAUAAUUCGGCGUCUGAUUGCAGGUCUCCGAGCUGCAGGUCUUCGAAGCGGAAAUUGUGUUCUAAUUCAUUCUUUUAAUGAUAUCAACUACAGCAUGCUGGUACUCGCUAUAAUUGGCGCUGGCGGCGUGUUUACAGGAUCGAAUCCGUCCUACACUAAGAAUGAGCUGUCUCAUCAUAUCAAAGCGUCGGAAAGCAAGUUCCUUAUAUCCGAACCAGAAGUUCUAGAGGCAGCACUUCUUGCAGCGAACCAGGCCGGCAUUUCCAAUGACAGAGUAUGGAUAUUUGAUAAUUUGGAACAGUCCAUUCCAGAAGGAAUGGAAUCAUGGAGAACAUUGUUGGAUCACGGAGAGGACGAUUGGAUUCGAUUUGACAGUUUGGAAAAAGUUCAAACCACUACUGCGGCCAGAUUCUUCAGUAGUGGCACCACAGGCCUUCCCAAGGCCGUCACCAUUACUCACUACAAUUUCAUUGCCCAGCAUGAGUUCGUCACAGAAAUGAAUCACCGACCUUUCCCGAUGUCUCGAGUGAUCGCGGUUCCCGUCUUCCAUGCCUCCGUCGGCUUUGUAACACAUGUGGCGACUCUAAAAGCCGGUCAUGAGACAUAUGUGAUGCGCAGAUUCGAUUUAGAAAAAUACCUGGAGACAGUGGAGAAGAACGAUAUCACUGAGCUGGCAAUGGUCCCACCAAUUGUCAUUGCUAUUUUGAUGUCUCCCAUCUCCCACAAAAAGCCUUAUCUCAAGAAGACAAGGACUGCACUGUGUGGAGCAGCUCCCCUGGAUAAAGAUCUUCAAGAGCGGCUUCGAUCUAUGAUGGCUGAUGGUAGCCCCUUUACCCAAGUUUGGGGUAUGACGGAAACAUCCUGCGUCGCCACUAUGUUUACCUAUCCUGAGCAUGAUACCACUGGCUCGGUUGGACGAUUGAUCCCGAAUUUAGAAGCAAAGCUUAUCGAUGACAAAGGGAACAACAUCUCUGCAUAUGGUGUGCGGGGCGAGCUGUGUGUUAGAGGCCCAUCCGUAACACCAGGGUACUACAAGAAUGAGGAGGCCAAUGCAAACUCGUUUGAUGCCGACGGGUGGUUCAAAACUGGUGAUAUCGCUUACUGUGAUGAAGAAACUCGAAAAUGGUACAUAGUCGAUCGAAAGAAGGAACUUAUCAAAGUCAGGGGAUUCCAAGUUGCGCCUCCUGAGAUUGAGGCUGUUCUUCUGUCGCAUCCUCAGAUCAUUGACGCUGCAGUCAUUGGAAUUACCAUCCCUGGCCCUGACGCAAAUACCGAGUUUCCCCGGGCCUAUGUGGUUCUUCGCCCCGAAGCCAAAGAGAAACCACUCACUGAAAAGGAUGUUCAACAAUUCGUUUUGAAGAAUCUGGCUCGAUACAAGUCUUUGACUGGAGGAGUCAAGUUCCUUGAUUCUAUUCCUCGAAACCCGAGUGGUAAAAUCCUCAAAAGAUUCCUCAGGGAUUAUGCGAAAAAGGAAAUUCAGGAUGGAAAGAUUCGACCCAACCUUUAG